AUGGAUACGCUGUCACCCAACGAUUGCUCCAAGUCGAGCUCCAACUCCAAUUCGAGCGGCAACAGCGCCAGCAGCUCCUCCAUGGAUCUGGGCAACAAGCAGCCCAAGCAGCCGAAACGUGGCUCGCGCGGCCAGAAGCUGUCCAGAUCGCGCAGCCUGCUGCAGUUGCUCAGCAGGCAUCUGGGCCGUCAUUUCCAGCAUCAUCAUCACCAGAACGACACCGUCUACAGCAGCCAGGAUGAUAUACGCAGUUCGGCUACGGAUCUGUUCAGUCUGAGUGGUUCGCGCAAUGAUUGCCUCCAGGUACUCAAUGGCGGCUCCAGUCUCGAUCUGGAGCACACCUCACGCACAACCUCGGAGUCGAGUUCGCCUGGUCUGGAAUUUUACGAUAACAAUGCUGGACACAUCUAUGUGGAAACCGUCUAUCGACCCGGCAGCGCCAUAGAUCAACUGCAUCCACAUCACUAUGAUGAUAGCGGCAGCAGCGUUGACGAGGAUGAGAAUGAUAAUGACAAUGAGAACGAUAAUGAGAAUGAGAAUCUGGAGCACCUUAAACCGCAUGGUAGCGAACCAGAGCCGCGUUCUGCCUCGGCCGCAUCGGCUGGCGUCAACAACAAGACAUCUGGCCUGCAUCUGAGUCGCAUCUCCAUCUCCUCCUCGGUUAGCCGCAUGCUGCAGCACUUCUCCACACCGGCGGCCACAACGGCAACGGCAUCGCUGCGCUCCUUGUCCUGCAGCAGCACGCCGCGGCGACAGCGCAACUUGUCCUCGCUGAUGCGGGGCAAAAAAUCGCUGAUGCCCAGCAGCAGCAACAACAGCAGCAGCAGCAGCAGCAGCAGCAGCAGCAGCAGCUCAUCAAAAUCGUCGAAAAAGGACAAGAAGCAGCAGAGCAUACUGCGACCUCCAGUUCAGUACGUUUACAUGAAGGGCAUGUCCGGGCUAUACUCGCGGGUGCCCAGCUACGCGGUCUGCUGCCCCUAUACGCUGCAGCACAGCAUGUAUUAG